UCCUCUCUCUCACACACACACAUUUCACUUCUUUUGCUUCUCUUUUCUCUGUGUGUGUGUGUGUGUGUGUGAGUCUGAAGAGUCUCCCUUCUCUAGGAAGUGACAACUGAGACUCAUGCAAGCCUACUUCUCUGAGACAAGCUUUUUCUACUUCUGCUUCUUCUCCCUUUUCUUCUUUUCUUCUCACAUCAUUUCUCCUUCUCCUCUCAACAGUUACCAUUCUUCCUCCUCCAUGGCCCCUUCAUCCUCCUCCUCCUCCUCCUCCUCACUCAAAGCUCUUGUUGUCUUCCGCAACCGCAUUCACACAGAGCUGAUCAGAACCGUUCAUGUGUAUCAAUUGGAGGGAGGAGCAGAGGAGGUGACAGAAAGAGAGUAUGUGUUCCGUGAGAACAUUGAUUAUGAGGAGAUGAAGUAUCCGGGCAGAGUUUUCACUCUGCGCAGGUUUGAUGUCUCUGCUCAAUAUCAAGGCCUGGAGAAUGGUGUCUGGGAUUGCAUUUAUGUGUUUAAUUCCACCCUGCCAGAUCAUCCUAAUUUAGACCACCUUCCUGAGGAUUUGUCUGUUGUCAGCAAUCCUAAGUUGGCCACAAUUCCAUCGUUGGCUAAUGACCUGGAAGUGAUUUUUCACUUGGGAAACACUUCUGAAUAUGUGGAUUCAUCAGAGGUUUUGGCUGAGGAGGAAAGUGGCAACCUGCACAGUGAGGAAGGCCAUCGCCCUCGCGGGAAUCCGCAGGUGCCUCUCUUGGACCUCAACUCCCUUCCUUGUGGCGAAGCUGAAACUGAAGACAUUAACCCAAGUGUUGCAGGUAGAGGACAAAAGAAAUUGAAGAGAGCCGCUACCAAAGAUAUAGCGAGAAUUGCAUUAGAAGAUCUCGCCAGGCAUUUUGAUGUUCCCAUCAUUGAAGCUUCGAAAAAUCUUAAAGUCGGUCUUACUGUACUCAAGAAGAAGUGUCGAGAAUUUGGUAUUCCUCGUUGGCCACAUCGGAAGAUAAAAUCCCUUGAGGGUCUCAUUCGGGACCUCCAGGGAGAGGUAAAACGGCAGCAGGAGGAGGAUGAGGUUGCAGCUAUGGCAGUAGCUAAGAGGCAGAGAAUGAUAGAAAGUGAAAAAGAAAGCAUAGAGAAGAAACCAUUUUUGGACAUACAAUGGGAAACCAAGAAAUUCAGGCAAGACAUUUUCAAGAGAAGGCAUAGAGCUAGAGCACAUGAAAACCAAUCGAGGACAUUGUCUUUGUUCUAGAGAAUGAUAAUGACAUCAUAACAAGGGAUAGAGGGCUAACCAUAUGAGAAACUGUACAAAGCUUUGAUCCUCAUGUGAAAUGUAAACUUAUUCCUGUUACUUGAAAAUUUUAUCAUACUGGGAAUUCUUGUUAAUUAUCAUUAGUACUUCAUGUUGUUUUGAGUUCCCUGGUUCUUUUUCCGUCUAUCAGGCUUUUGCCGUGUGUUGAAUUCUUUAGUGGUUUCUUUCAGGUUUUAUGGUGAUCCAUAGGUC